ACACUUUUGACAAAAAUAAUUUUCAAAAUAAACCUAUUACAAUUAUUAAGCACCGAGUGACCAAUUGUGUGAGCUAUCAAUAAAUGUAAAUUUGACACUCAUAAGAUAGUUUUUACGUAGUAAUGAUGUGUUCAAUUUGCCACAAACAAAGAAAGACCAUGUUUAAAGCACAAAGAUAAGAACUGUGAGGUCGGCCUUGGUCCAGGGGCAGAGCCGGAGAUUAAGUUACGAGUUCGAUUGAACCCAAUAACUUUCGUCCAAACUCUGUAUUUGUCUUAAAAAAUUUAUUUAAUAUAUUCAAAGUAGUAGUUUAGAACCCAGUAAUUUAAGAAGACUAGAAUACUGAAACCAUAAACUUCAAAUCCUGAUUCCGCGUAAGUUUGGUCCAUGCCAUUUGAGGUUCAAUCAAGUAAAAAACAAAAGAAAGUGGACAACAAAUAGUUGCCUGGGACCUUCUUAGGAGUUGGACCCCUUCACAAUAAUGUCACAGAGACAGUGAUGGAACAUACUACCUCGGCCUAAUUUUAUAAAGCAGUGUAAAUUAACGUGUGGAAAAAAUGUAUAUAAGUACAAAUAUGGAAUGAUAAGAAGACUUCAUACCAGAAAUUGACUUAAAAUGUGACAACAACUCAGAUAUCAUUAACAUUAACAAUACUAUCAAGAAGCUUAAUGACAAGUCUAACGGCUUAAAACAAGAUGAAUUCUUAAAAAUGUAUCAAUGCCUAAAAUAUACAGUAGUACUUAGAUAUUAUAUUUAUACAGCGCUCUAUUUACAAGCUAGUGCCCACAUACUCUCUACUUAGACAUAUUAGGUGCUAACAUGUAUUACCACCUAACCUCCGGAUGUUAUUCAUUUUCUUUACGACAACUUUGUAACUACUGUGGUUUAUGUAAAACUUGUACUAUCUCAGUCUCAAAUUUUAUAUUUUAAUUGCAAUUAAAAGUAAAAUUAAUUCUAAUAGGGAAUUUGUCUUGAUUGACUUUUCAUAUGUUUUCUUCGUACUUUGGCUUUUUUCAUUUUUGGCCAAGUCAGGUCGUCUUCCAUAUUUCACUCUUUAACUUCUCACAAUAAUGAAAUAAAGGCAGGGUUCAAUUUUAUGACAGAUUGGAAGACCAAAUUCUGCAUUCACAUAGAUGAGAACUGAUUUGCCUCUUAGGCUUCAACUAUUUCUCCUUAAUUAUUAAGCACCUCAACAACCCAAUUGUGUCAGUUUUCUCACCAUAUACCAAAAGCUGAUAAUUUACUGUUAGUUGAUCUUUAGCAAUAUUCUUCAACAAUGUCUUAUGCUUCUCCUUCCAAAGAUUGGAAGUAUGAUGUCUUUUUGAGCUUUAGAGGUGAAGAUACACGUAAAAACUUUGUGAGUCAUCUCUAUAAUGCUUUGAAACAAAGAGGAAUUGAUGUUUUUAAAGAUGAUGAGCGUCUGGAAACGGGAAAACCAAUUUCUGAUGAACUUUUGAAAGCCAUAGAAGACUCCAGAUUUGCGGUCGUGAUAUUUUCAAAAAGCUAUGCAUCCUCAAGAUGGUGCUUAGAGGAACUUGCACACAUCAUAAAGUGUCAAAAUGAAUUGGAGCAGACUGUGAUUCCAAUCUUUUAUGAUGUGAGUCCGUCUGAUGUACGCCAUCAAAAUCCACCAUUUGCUGAGUCAUUUUCCCAACAUGAGGGAAAAUACAAAGAUGAUAUGGAGAAGGUUCAAAGAUGGAGGGAUGCAUUUGCGGAGGCUGGAAAAUUAUUGUCUCUUUGCAUCGUAAUGUGUAGGGAUGAGGUUGAUUGCAUCAAUAAGGUAGUUGAUUACAUAUUACCAAAGUCACUUCAAGCUAUCCCACCGUCAUCCGGAAGCUUAGUGGGUGUGGAACCUCAAAUUGAGAAAAUAAUUUCAUUAUGGGAUAUGGAAUCAAAUGAUGUUCGUUCCAUUGGAAUAUGGGGGAUGAGCGGUAUUGGCAAGACAGAAAUUGUAAGUAUCAUAUAUGAGAGAUAUCGUCAUCUAUUUGAUGCUGAUUGUUUUCUUGGUGAUGUUGGAGAAAUGUACCAGAAAAAGGGUCUUACAUGGAUACAACAAGCUCUCAUCCGUAAGCUAUUGGGGAAAAAGAUACCUAUAACUAGUGAACGCGAAGGUGCCAUAAUUAUAAGGAAUCAGCUUCGCUGGAAGAAAGUUUUGGUCAUUCUUGAUGAUGUAAACCAUCUAAAUCAACUAAAAGUUUUAGUUGGAGAGACAGAGUGGUUUGGCAGGGGUAGUAGAGUUUUGAUUACCACGAGAGACAAGCACCUGAUAAUCGCUCAUGUAGGGGAGAAUAAAGUGUAUGAAGUCCUACUAUUAUCUGAGAAUGAUGCUCUUGAACUGUUUUGCCUGCAUGCUUUCAAGAGAAAAUCUCCAGAGAGAGAUUUUGAAGAGCUUUCAAGGGAAGUGGUGAAGUAUGCUGAUGGGCUCCCUUUAGCUCUUGAAGUUUUGGGUCCUUCUUUUUGUGGACGAAACAAAGAGCAAUGGAGAGAUAUAAUUGAUAGACUGAAGAAAAUCCCUAAUGAUGACAUUUUAGGAAAACUUAAGAUUGGUCUUGAUGGAUUAAAUAAAGAUGAGAUGAGAAUAUUUUUGGAUAUCGCAUGCUUGUACAAUCAUGAACAAAGAUAUUAUGUGGAACGAAUACUUAAAAGUUGUGGUAUUCAUCACUUGAUAGGAAUAAGCCGUCUCAUUGAAAAAUCUCUCUUAUCCAUCAGUAGAGAUGGCUACAGCUACAUAUUUAAUAUGCAUAGUUUGAUUAGAGGAAUGGGUGAAAAUGUCCUCAAGGAAGAGCACACAAACAGCAGAAUAUGGCUUCAUGAGGAGGUUCAUGACCUUUUUGCUGGAAAGUUGAAAACUAAAAAGGUGGAAAGCCUAAAGAUCCCAAAAGGUUACAAUUUUGAAGAUGAAAAUAUAAAUCAUAACAAGGUAUUCAAGAGGAUGCAAAGCUUACAGGUAUUAAUAGUUGAUAAUAAAAUUUUUUGCUCGGAAAGCACUGUCACUUGUCUUCCUUCUAGCCUGCGGUGGAUUCAAUGGCCGUUCUAUCCUUCAAGUUCAUUGCCGCAGCAGUUUGAACCAUCACACCUCGUGGGGCUUAGAUUAUAUAACAGUCGGCUUGUCGAACUUUGGCCAAUAUCAAAGAGAUUGAACAAGUUGAAGCAUUUGGAUCUAACCAAGAGCCUCAGGUUAACAAAGAGCCCUAAUUUUGGUGAUAUGCCAAACUUGGAGACACUAAGUUUGCGUGAGUGUAUGAAUUUGGAAGAGGUCCAUCCAUCUCUUGGACAUUGCAGAAUGCUUAAAGAAUUGGAUUUGCGGGGUUGUAAAAAACUUAAGAAGCUUCCAAAAUUUGUUUCCAUGGAAUCUCUUGAGACUCUCAACCUUCGUGAAUGCACAAGUUUAAGAAAAUUUCCAAAAUUCUGUGGAAAUAUGCAGCACUUAUCAGAACUCUAUGUGGAAUCCCCAUGGAUAAGAAGCUUACCCCCUUCUCUCAGUGGUCUAAGCAAAUUACAUUUGAGAGAUUGUGAAGAUCUUGAAAGUAUUCCAGACACUAGCAUUCAAAUUCUUAGAUUUCUGAAGAUUUCAGAUGGCAGGAAACUAGCAAUGCCAAACAGCCUUUUUGAAUCAGAGCAAUUGGAGGAACUUUAUAUAUACCAUUGUUCUAGAUUGGUAGAGCUCUCCCUAUCUGUUAUAGUUCAAAAGAAGCUUAUUGAGUUAGUUUUAGAAGACUGUGAGAAUUUAAAGAAGCUUCCAAACUCUAUUCAGAUGAAGUCCCUUAGACGACUCAAGAUAUCUAAUUGCCCAAAAUUAGAUACAUUUCCAGAAAUCAAUGGAGAUAUGCAUUCCUUGAAAGAACUGACCAUAAAAAUUACAGGGACAAGAGAACUGCCUUCAUCCAUUGGGGAUCUGAGCAACCUCGAAUUUCUCAAUCUGGAUUCUACCGGGAUAAGAGAACUGCCUUCAUCCAUUGGGAAUCUGAGCAACCUCGAAUAUCUCAAUCUGAAAGGAUGUGAAGAUCUUGUAAGUCUGCCCAACAGCCUCUGUAAUUUGAAGAAGCUUGAAGAACUUGUUCUCAAAGGCUGCAAAAAGUUAGAGAAGCUUCCAGAAAAAUUUGGUGAUCUUCAACGGUUAAAAGAACUUGAUGCAAGUGAUACUGCAAUCUCCCAACCACCUCCCUCCAUCACCAAGCUUCACAAUCUGGAGAUGUUACAAUUCUCGAAUGCUGUACGACAAGUGCAGCAUUCGUCAGGUUUUGUUUCACAUCAACUAUUAGCUUUUUCCUCCUUGACACAACUUCAUCUUGGUAAUUUCAACAUAUUGGGUGGACUUCCUGAGGAUCUUGGAUCUUUGCACUCUCUGGAAGAGUUGAAUUUAAGAGGAAGCAGUAUUUCUUGUUUACCCAAAAGCAUCAACAAACUCGUAAGCCUGAAAUCCCUGGAUGUGCGAUUCUGUCAGAAUCUUAAUGAACUUGAACUACCCCCAAAUUUAAAGGAGUUAUAUGCAGAUUAUCAUUUAGCCACGAAGAGCAUCAGAGAUAUAGUAUUUAAGUGUGUUAGGCUGCAUGACAUCUGUAUAUCAUGGUAUGGUCAUGAAAGAACCGAAUGCGGAAUUGUCACAACUAACCAAGUUAAUGUGUUGAAGUUCCUACAGCAUUUUCUCAGGACAUAUAUCCAGUGUGACUUUCACCAGAGGAGCUACUUUUGCAUUACUUUCCCUGAAGUCAGAAUACCAGAGUCGUUCGAUUAUCAGUUUAUAAAUCAAUCAAAGAUCUCAAUUUGUCUGAAUCCAUCCUGGUAUACCCAUAAAUUCCUGGGUUUUUCGAUAUGUUUCUAUUCUGAUAGAUGUAGAGUUGAUCUAAUAGCUACAUUGGUCUGCAAAUCUGAGCCUGAAAGAAAACAUUCCUUGAAUUUUCACAUCCACCAAAGUUGCCUUAACUUUCCUUCUGUCUUGUGGUACUACAUACCAUUUAAAGCAUUGUGGCGCACUUCUGACGAUAAAGAAGGGAAGAUCCUAAAUGAUUAUUGCCUAUUUGAGGUAUCCUCAGAAGCGGAAGCAUGUUGGGGAAUUCGCCUGGAGUAUGAGAAUAAAGUUAGGAAAUGGAGAAGGAAGCAACGUGUGAGACAAAGUCCCAAACUCCAUCCAGUUCCGCAAAACGAUAAUGCAGUGACAACUGAAAUUGGUUGUUCUAUGGUAAUUGAACAACUAGAGCCAUCAUGCAGUUCUGGUUCGCUGGCAUUUGUUGAGAAUAACAUCACAACAGAGAGGGGACUACAUUUGGGGUAUGAGAAUAAAGCUCUAGAGAUGGAUCAAGUAACAAUGGUAGUUCAGAAGGAACAUGAAUCUCAGAAUGUUGAGCUGAUUAGAGUUUGUGAUAGCCUAUCAAAGAAGAUGGACGAUGCUUCAAGAAAGAGAAAGAGAAAUAGAAAGAAAAAGAGAAAGAUGGCAUGGGAAAAUGAGACCAGCAUCUCUCAUAGCCCCAACUAGCUUGCAUGAUUUUGAUUGGAUCAGGAGAAUCCUCUUAGAUUUUUAGCAAAUAUUGGGUACCCGAAAGGAGAAAAUCAAGGAAGCAUCUAUCCAAUUGGAUUUUAAACACAAAGAAGGUGUGUAAUAGUGCAGCAAUUACUCAAUAUCAACGCCAUAUGCUUGAAACUAUGCAAGUAGUUGCUUGUUACCAUUUUGUCGAGAAAGAUUGAGGCUAUUGAAUGCCGUUUGGUUGGUGUUUUGGACAUCACAAUAUUGAGAGACUUGCCGUUAGCGAGAUACUGUUGGUGAAGACGAAGGCGAGUUCGCUAGAGUUGAUUCAGUUAUUGAGGUGAGCCGCCACAUUGUUCGUGGAGGCUGCCAAAAGACUCUUUAUCAUUUAUUCAUAUGAUGUCUUUUGUAAUUCUCUUAGAUGCUCCAUGGUCUAGUGUGUGAUUUGGCCUAGAGUUUCAAUUUAGUACUUUGAGAUAUUAAUUGUUAGUAAAUAAAUUAUUAGAUUAUUUGGAUGCUCAUUUAAUUAAUCAAAUAUUGCACAUUAAUGGCUAA